AUGGGGGUAGAGACGACAGACCUUUUGGAUAUGGAGUUACAGAUAGUUGGGGGCCACCUCACAUGGGCUUCUACACCGUCCCACGCCAUACACACUCCCAGGCCAGCCUCGAACUCAUGGCUCCAGGGACCGCUACCUCCGAGAGCUGGGAUUGGAGGCGUGGUCCAUAUACCCCCAGGUAUCGCGAGAUCUUCCCGUGCGCUAUCUCGCGAAGCUCCGUGCUGGGGCUGCCCACCGCGCAGCCUGCCGUGGUCGUCGCUUUAUUCAGGCCUUCGCCGCAGACAGCACAGAACCGGGCGGGGCAGGGGAGGCCGCUCCGUUAUUCCACGCAGGCGCAGUUUUCGUAGUCCGGCGCAGGCUCAGCGCUGGCAGUGGCGCGCAAGCGCAGUUGUUUCCGAAGAGCCGCAACAUGGACGACGAGGAGGAGACUUACCGGCUGUGGAAGAUCCGCAAGACUAUCAUGCAGGCGAGUCGCGCGUGCUGUGUCAUGACCGUGGCUACUUGGUGACUCAGGAUGAGCUGGACCAGACCCUUGAGGAGUUCAAGGCACAGUUUGGGGACAAACCCAGCGAAGGAAGACCAAGGCGCACAGACCUCACCGUGCUGGUGGCCCACAAUGAUGACCCCACAGACCAGAUGUUUGUGUUCUUCCCAGAGGAGCCCAAGGUGGGCAUCAAGACCAUCAAGGUGUACUGCCAGCGCAUGCAGGAGGAGAACAUCACGCGGGCGCUGAUCGUGGUGCAGCAGGGCAUGACGCCCUCCGCCAAGCAGUCCCUGGUGGACAUGGCACCGAAGUACGUGCUGGAGCAGUUCCUACAGCAGGAGCUGCUCAUCAACAUCACGGAGCACGAGGUGUGCACCUGUCCUGGGGGCGGCCAGGUGGGGUGGAGCGCAGGGAACACCAAGCUUCGUGAAAGCCAGCUGCCCAGGAUCCAGGCUGGGGACCCAGUGGCGCGCUAUUUUGGGAUCAAGCGAGGGCAGGUUGUGAAGAUCAUCCGUCCUAGUGAGACAGCCGGCCGCUACAUCACCUACCGCCUGGUACAGUAG